AUGUCCGAAAAAUACGACUGGCUCGUUCAAAUCCCCGUGAACGUGAGCGAUAUGCAGGCGUGGGCCAACGCCCGAGACGCCCAUCUCUCGCACCUCAAGCCAUACGUCGCAGAUGGAACUAUUGUUUUCGCAGGUCCCACCUUGGCAGCACAUCCGAAGGGGCCAGAAGACAGGAUGGAGAUCACCAGCAGUGUCAUGAUGUUUCGAGCGACGACCGAGGAGGAGGUACGCGCGAUCGUCAGCAAAAACGCAUUCGUUGAGGCGGGAGUUUGGAACAUGGAUCACGCAGUGGUGGCACCUUUUAAAUGUGGCGUGAGGACAGCGGCUUGA